AUGCACCACACAGACGACAUGAUGUUCGCGGAGGAGGAGCUGCCGUGCGAGGGCGCGGACCCGUGGUCCCGCUUGGGGGCGGGCCCAGCGGCCCCCGCGCCCCCCGCGCCCGCGCGCGUGCCCGCCCUGCUGGCCGCCGCGCUGGCGCCGGGGGGCGACGACGCCGCGCUCACGCAGCUGAUCGCCGUCACUAAAAGACGUCCUGAACAAGUGGACGUGGUAGGGGAAAAAAUAUUUUUGGACGACUCAAAAGUGCUUGCGGUGACGUCGGAGGCGAAGCGGUACCGGGCGUCGGGCGGCGCGGCGGGCCCCUUCCCGUACCUGGAGGCGGUGUGCGGCCACCUGGCGCGGGCCCCCGCCGCGCUGCCCGCCGCCGGGGCCCGGGGGGUCGCGCUGCUAAGGGCGCUCAUACCCGCCAACAGCGAUCGCAUAGCAGAGAUGGCGGAGAGUUUACUGAGCAAGUUCAAGUGCGUGGGGGGUCCCCUGGCGGAGGUGCUGCGGGGCCUGGCGCGGGGCGCGGCCGCCGUGCAGGAGAGCCUGCCCGAUGUGCCGCCACACGCCACCAGGGAGCAACUCAUCACCGCCCUCGAGUGCGCCACGCCGAGUACGCUAGAAGCCGUCGGCAAUAAAAUGAUCGAGAGUUGCAGCACUGCGCUGGUGGUAGACGUGAUAUCUCAGGUGCUGGAGAACAACCAGGCGGGCCGGUACGAGACCAAGGUGAAGAGUGAGGAGUCGGGGCUGCAGCAGGGGCACCUGUUCGCGCGCGGCGGGCUCGGCUGCGGUCUGCUGCUGGACUGGCUCUCCGAACUGCAACAGGAGACGCUGGGCGCGCAGCCCGACAGACAGAUGCGGCUGAUGUUCCGUCGCGGGUGGGGCGCGUGGCGGCCGCAGCUGGCCACGCAGCUGGCGCACCGCGCCUCCUGGCGCACGCUGCACGCCUGCACCACCGCGCUGCUCGACCCCACCCAGUCAGUACCGCUCACCACGGAACACUCACACUCUGCACUAUUCGUUUAUGUGCUUUCCAUUAUUUCUUCGCUCCUAAUUGUUGCAGCUGAUUGGGCGGCGAGCGCGGUGGUGGAGUUCUGCGCGACGCUGGUGGACUCCCCGCGCGUGUGCCAGGGCCGCGACCGGCAGGCGGCCAAGCACGCGCCCAGGGACGACACGCUGCGGCUGUCGCACGCGCAGCUGGAGGUUCUGAUCCGCUACGUGGUGGCGGAGGCGCGCGAGGCGGAGGAGGGCGCGGGGGGCGGCGAGGCGGGCGCGGAGGCGAUGCGGCGGCGCAUGGAGGCGCGCCUGCCGCUGGUGCUGCGCUGCUGCCCCUCCGCGCCCGCGCUGCUGGCCGCCGCGCUGCAGGCCGCGCACCACCCGCCGCUGCUGCUGCUGCUCUACAUGAAGGUGCCCAAGAUCCAGCAGCUGCUGUUGGGGUGCUCGGAGCGCAGCGCGUUGUCCGCCUCGCUCACGCGCACGCUGCGCGCGGCGGCGGCGGGGGCGGGGGCGGUGGGGGGCGCGGGGGCGGCGGGGGGCGCGCGCGCGGCCGCCACCAGUGCCACGGACCGCGUGUCGCACGCGCUGCUCACCGCGCUGCACGCCGCCACCCACCAUACACACUCUAAGGAACACAACAACAAAGUGUACCGUCUGGAGGCGGGCGUGCGCGGCGUGUGGGCGCGCGUGUGGGGCGCGGGGGCGCGCGCGCUGCCGCUGUGCGGGGCGCUGCUGCGGGGCGCGCCCCCCGCCCGCCACCACCACCACCUGCUGGCCGCCGUCGAGCUGCUGCCGGACCACCAGCUGCUGGAUAGCGAGGAGAUCCACGGCAUAGUGGACUGCUACCUGAGCGUGUGCAAGCAGCAGACGGGGCGGGACAGCGCGCUGGUGCACCGCGUGGCCGCGCUGCUGCGCCGCUACCUGGCGCUGCGGCCCGCGCGCGCCGCCGCGCUGCUGCACGCGCACAGGGACACCGUCGCGAGUACGCCGGCCCUGAGCGCGUUGAACGGCGCGGAGCUGAACGCGCCGUCGUCGGCAGCACCGCCCCCGCACGCGCUGCUGGCGCUGCAGCGCCGCACCGAUCCGCCGGAGGAACUGCACUGGCUGUUGCAGGUGCGUACAUUCAUGUCUUUCGCUUCUAUUUCAAAUCUAAUAAUUUGA